UAUUCUUACUUUAUCGAGCACAUUUUUACAAAGAGUGAAUCAUAAUUUUUUUUCUCUUAUCAUCCUUGCCGCUGCACGCCCGACCUGGUUGAAUCAUUACAUUAUUGUGCUUUAUCGAGUACGUACAGUUCGGCAGCUAAAAUGCCAAAAAGACGUAGAUUUACAAGUGAAAGUGAUAGUGAUGAGCUAACUUCAGAAAGGGCACGGUUAAGGCGAAAAUUAGAACGCCUAGAAACGAAAAGAAAAUCAAAGGGAAAACAAAUAAGGCGUCGAAUUAUCGAAUCAGACAGUGAUGAUUCAAGUGGAAGUUAUUCUUUGGAUCGAAGGCAAGAACUGCAUGAAGUGCAGGUUCACAGGGAAAACGAAAUCCCAGAUAACCUAUGUGAAGAAACCCUGUCAGUAGUGCCUGACGAAGUAUUGAAACUUUUUGGUGAGGAGCCUUUAGGAGAUGAACCAACAUGGGGGGAGGAAGUAAAGUCCAUUAUAGCAGAUCGUUGGAAUAAAUACUUGGUUCUUGGUAUUACCAAGCAAGAAAAGGAGGACUUGAAAAAAAAGUAUCCAGUGCCAAAAAAUAUUAGAUUUUUACAAGGUCCGGAGAUAAAUCCAGAGAUAUCAGAGUCCAUAACUGAUGCUCAGAAAAAUCACGAUAAAUACAUGUCUAUUGUACAGAAUCAACUGGGAAAUGGCUUAUCCGCCUUGGCCAAAGGCUUAAAUGCACUAUUAGUGGACAAAGCGAACGCGGACGUUGGCUCCAAAGUUAUGCCCUGCCUUAUCGAUGCAGGCAAAGUGAUUACUGAUGCUUUUCAUAUGAUAACGAAAAGCAGGAAAUUUCAUAUUGAAGCUAAUCUAAACCCCACGGUUAAAAAAAUUGUUCGUGAUAGCAAACCCGACAAAUUUUUGUGUGGAGAAAAUUUUUCGGAAAAAUUUAAAGAAGCAAAGAACCACCAACGCACUGGAAAAGAGUUAAAGUUUGCUAAGGCAAAUUUUGUAGUAAAUAGGCAGUCGUCUUCCACCACCUACGCAAGAAGCUCAGGUCAAAGUGUAAGGAGGUCCUUAGGAACCAGCCGACUUUAA